GGCCCCAUCGGCUUGGACGGGCCAAAGGGUGAACCAGGCGAGCCGGGCGAGAAAGGCGUCAAGGGAGACCCCGGCAGCGGCUACGACAUCUUCGGGAAAGCCAAGGGCAUUAAAAGAUCUAUAACAAGCUUGGAAGGUGGUACGUUAGGCUAUGCAGAAAUCAUCGCUAUUAAGGGAACUCCCGGAGGAGCCUGGGAUUACAUAGAUUCUGAUAGAGUGUUAGCUAUUAAAGGAGAGCCGGGCGAGCCUGGGCCGCCCGGUCCCAUGGGGCUCAACGGCAAGGACGGCCUCCCAGGCGUGGACGGGCGCGACGGCUACCCGGGCGAGCCAGGUCCGCCCGGGCCCGUGGGCGCCCCGGGCACCGCUGGACCUCCGGGGCCGCUGGGGCCGCCGGGGCCGCUGGGACCUGUCGGCGAGAGGGGUUUCCGAGGGAUGGCAGGAAUCCCUGGAAUGGAUGGUCUGCCAGGACCUAUUGGACCUCCUGGUCUACCUGGCCCAGAAGGCAAGAUCGGCAGCGUGGGACCACCCGGUGAGAAGGGCAGCAAGGGCGAGCGUGGCGUCACCACUGUGAACGGCAAGGAAGUUGCAGCAGCCAUUCUUGAAGGUCCUCCAGGGCCGCCAGGUCCCCCUGGGCCACCUGGUUUCAAGGGUGAACGUGGCAUUGAGGGACCCAUUGGACCCCCUGGGAUCGAUGGUGUACUAGGCCCACGAGGACCCAGGGGCAAGCGGGGCAAGAGGGGACGACGUGGCCAACCAGGCACAGCUGCACAGAGAGGUCUUCCAGGAAAGCCUGGGCCCAAGGGUGAACCAGGACGAGUGGGCGACAGGGGUGAGAAAGGAGAGAAAGGUUCAAUGGGUUCCAUUGGGCCUAAGGGUGACAGUGGGCCAAGAGGACCUUCAGGCAUUGAUGGAAUCCAUGGUGAACCUGGACCACAGGGUCCUCCUGGCCUUCCUGGGGCUCUCGGUCCUAAGGGAGAGAAGGGUGACUAUGGUGAUAUAGGUCCUCCAGGUCUCAUGGGACCCCCUGGACUUCCUGGACCCCCAGGCCUGCCAGGUCUCAAAGGUGAUAAGGGCGAUAAGGGUGAUUCGGAGGGGCCCAAGUCGCGGUCAGCUGUUGUGCGGCCGGCGAGGGGCAAACUUGGAGACAGUGGCAUGUGGACCGAAGUAGAGGGAGAAGUGAUCAUGGGACCACCAGGACCUCCUGGACCACCAGGAACCCCAGGCUUGCAGGGUCCACCAGGCAUCAAGGGAGCAAUGGGACAGGAUGGUAUUAAGGGUGAUCCAGGUGAAAAGGGCGAUAAGGGUGAUCCUGGCCCCAUGGGUCUUCCUGGCCCUAUGGGAAUCAGAGGAGAGGCUGGUCGGGCUGGAGAGAGUGGCAAACCUGGCCCAAUGGGACCUCCUGGGUUGGAUGGUAUUAAGGGUGCUAGAGGUGAAAUUGGCAAAAAGGGUGAACGAGGUGAUCCUGGACUACCUGGAACGGACGGGAUUCCAGGGGUUGAGGGACCUAAGGGCGAGAAGGGCAUGAAGGGAGAAAGGGGUAAUCAGGGACGGCGUGGGCGUCGAGGCAAUCCUGGACCUAAAGGAGAGAUGGGAGUUCCUGGUCUAGAUGCUCCUUGCCCGACAGGACCUGACGGCCUUCCUCUGCCUGGGUGUGGUUGGCGGCCGGGUCAGGGGAGGAAUAUAAUGCGUCCCUUGGGUGUGGGUGUGGGCAUCAGUCCCAUUGAUGCAUCUCCAUUGGAGCCACCCAUCACCACCUCCACGAUUGCGCCUUUGGAUGACUAUGACGACUAUGAAGACUAUGAGGAUGAGGACUCUAAGAAAUGAGAUCCGCACUAACUCACUAACACCUCAUCAGUCCUGGGCUAGCUUUAAUGACCUUUUUAAUCGUCAUUAGUGGCUGCAGAAGUAAAGGUUAUGCCAGCGACAACCAUGGAUACAAGUAGAUCCAGACUAUCUCACAUUGAAGUUUUGGAUUAGAAGAAAACAAGCAAGAAAUGUUACAAACCUUUAAAACAAGAAGAGAAAAUAGAAGUUAUAAUUCAGUAGAUUUUCUGGACAGCCAUUGGUUAAUAUGUCUUUAUGUUUACAACUUCAGAUCAGCCUUAAGUUCAAGCAAAAUGUACUGAACAUAUUGAAAGAAGCGUUGGCAGUGAACUUUAGAUUUUUCCCUUUGUAUAUAGUGUACAGAAGUUUCUACUGUCCUUGGUCCACAGUGACGGUGUAUAGUGAGUUCCUUUAUGUUGACCCUUGAUUUCAGUGCUUACCUUGAAACUAACACAGAGGGGCAGACCUCUACUGGACAUCACAUAAACUACAGUAUGGUACUGCAUGGAUGUUUAGUGUGCUACUCCUGUAUAGCAAGCAUGUUACAGAAUAACUGCCAUAGUUUAGUAAUUGUUAUACAAUAUGUUUUCCUUUUAUGUUAAAAGGUAUGCACUUUGUUAUUUUUAUUUGAUUUUUUUUUUAAUGCUGAUGUUUUUUGUGUUUUUUUAAUGUCUUUUAAUUCAGAUUUUUUAUUCAUCUUUUUUUUGUUUUGUUUUAGUGAUUUGACAAGUGUAUUGCAUAAAUUUUAAGAAACUUCAUACAGAUGACUUAAGAUGAGAAAAUAAAAAGCAUAUAUGGUAAUGAAAUGUUCAACAGAGCUGCCAUACUGAAUAUAUGCAGUGUUCACAUCAGAACGUAUAUAUAUAUCAGAUUUACAGUGUAGCAAAUACAGGAAUGAUCAGCACCACUGUGUCAUGCAAUGUCUCCAUGUCCAAAAUAUAGAAGAACAGUAAAGCAAAAUGUAAUCUUCACAAAAUCUAAACUUAUCCAUUGUUUUGAGGAUCCUUUAAUAAUCAAAGAACUUCUCUUGUACUUGCAUUAACUUUGACCUCUUUUUAGAGAGUUCUCUUCCAUAUUUUGGGCACUAUGUGAAUAAGAAAGUGUUCUGAGAGUUUUGAGCAAAGGUAAAUAGUUGAUAGUGCAGCUGUCCUGUUGUGCCCGAUGAUAGGUGGAGCCUGACCCCCUCUGAGGGAUGAGUAGCCCUUUUGAACAGUGAGGUGACAAGCACACAUCAGAUGUGUAGUUAUUUAAGCCAGUCUCCGAAGUGGAGAAACUCAAGGAUCAAACCUGUCGAUGGAUGAAGGAUAUACAAGAGAUCUUCCAGUUUUUUUCAUUAUUUUCGUAACUUGUAAUAAAGAAAUCAAAGUUUUUAAGCACAAAAUAUCCAAAUGUUAAGAUACUGCAAAAAUAUUGUUGUGAAUGAACUUUUAUUGGUGAUUAAUUUUUAUGAUAAUUUUUAAAAAAUGUGAUUUUUACCUUAUAAAUAUGAAACUAUGACAGUUGUUGUGUUAUUUGAUAUAUAAAGUGAAUUGAAUAAGUCUGUACAUUUACUUUGUAAAAAAAAAAAAAGAGUGUUGUUCAUUCACAGCAAUACCCUGAAUUUCUUUUCUUUAUUUGUUUUCAGCUCAAUGGUGAGCAAGAAUAUCUAAAAAGAAUAAAGUUUCUUAACCUCAUAAAUUGUAAGACAUAUCCACAAUGACAAUUCAGCCACUUCUGAUAAUUGUUGGUUUGUUGGACAGCUGAGAAUAUCACAAGGCACUGCUCAUAUCACAAACAUACCCAGUGACCAGCAGUUAUUCAUGUGGUUGAGGCUGAUUGGAAUUUAGGAGAAACAUUUACAAAACCGUGUAUGGUUGACUCGAGUUCAAAAGUCCUAAACCUUGAGUGUUAGGAUGUAAAAAUUACUCCAGAAUGAUUUUGUUUUUACUCAGGAUGUAAGCUUCCAGUAGUUAAAAGAAAUUAUAACCACUGUAUAUUGUGAGUACGUUUAAAUACUUUUUGUAGAGAUGAUAUAAUUCCAGUCUUUUUUUGAGUUAUUUAAUAGGAAAAAAUUCUAGUUAUAAGUUGAUUUAUAAUUAUUGACAAUUUCAUUUCUAAUUAAUGAAAAAAAUACUAGUAAAGGACUUGAAAGAACACUGUGGAAUAUUUCUAAGUAGUUAGUUAUAUUAAAAUGUUAAAAAAUCAAAUAAUACUUUUGUCUCAUUAUACUCAUCUUCAAUGCUAAACUCAAUUAGUUAUUGUGUGUUUGAUAAAUUUAGAAUACAUAUAUUACCUCAACAUAUUGCUGCAGUAGAAAUGCUCAGUUCCUCAUGCUAAUCGAUGUCUGUGUGCAAAGUGUUUUUUGGUAGUGUGGGUGCCACCUAAUUGUGUGUUUGUAUAAAUGAAUAUGUUCUCACCUGUUUAGGAGAAGCUAAAGAGAUUUUGGAUGUAAAUAUUGAUGCCCUCCAGAAAUUUUUUGCAUGUUUAUGUAGUUCUUUAGGUAAGGACAAGAAUAAAAUGCAUUUGUUUAUUUUUAUUAGCCAGUAGAAUCUCAAAUUAAUCUAUUAUUGUCUUUUGCUAUAGUUACCAUAUGUUUUUGUGGGACAUCUUCUAGUCAGACUGCCUAUACAUUACUCAUUUUGAAUUCUACUUUAUACUAUAUUUUUGAUAACAAAAAUACACAAGACCUGUAGAUGAUAUGCAUGUAUCAUUUGAAUUUAUGUUGGAAGUUAUGCUCGACAGGAUUCCUUUCAGUACCACUACCUGACAGAUGGAAAGCAGCUUUUUGAGAACAAGUGUGAACAAUGACCAAUGGGAGAUAUGUAUGGUAACUAUAGUGUGACUUGUAUGAUAGCCCUAAUAUACAAGAUCAUGAUUUUGAUACAAGCGGUCACAAGUGCAAAGUUUAUGCUAAGUCCCUACCCUCCAUAUUUUCUCCCCUUCUUACUUUAUUGACUCUGUGGCAUUCACUGGUUGGGUAAGUAUUGUAUGAAAGCAUGAUCUUAAUAUUAAAUUCCUUCCCUCAUAAGAUAGUUGUAGCUAAUGCCAUGGGCAAAGUAAGAGGAAACUAUGAUUUAUACAGUCUUAUUAAUGAUAACUAACUGAAUAAGCCACUGUCAAAGUCUCUGAGAUUUUCAUAUUAUGUUAGGACAAAGAAAAAAAUACAAAAAAAAACUUUGCAAAUACAUACACACACUAUUAAGCUCUUAAUUGUUUUUAAAGCAAGAAAAGAAAGGAUCUGGGAAGAACCCCCAACUUUUUUGAGCUUACAAAAGAAAUAAAUAUUGCAAAAAAAAAGUCUAUGGAUGUCACAUCAUCUAUAAUGUAGAUAAAGGACAUUCACCUGCUCUAGGCACUGCAGCUUCAUUUUUUCUAACUCUCGAGCCUUGUAUAGUUUUGAAGUAAGGUUUGAGUAAUGUAAAGCUUGUAAGUUAUGAAAUAAAAUCUGUGUAUGAUUGUGA